AUCGGAAAGCAGAACCCUUUCUUUCAUCGCUUCGAGUAUAGCAGUCUCGAUCUAUUAAAUCGUUCAACAUGUUCAAGCUGUGCCUUCUCUCCGUUCUCCUAACUAUCGUUUAUGCUGCCCCUGCACCUGCGCCAGGAGCGGUUUUAGCAGCACCUGCGGCAAUUGCAGCGGCAAUUCCAGCGCCCAUCGUGACAGCCAGUAGCAGCCAAGUGGUAGCUAGAAAUUACAACACGCUCGCCGCAGCUCCACUCGCCGCAGCUCCCGCGAUAGCAGCGGCAGCUCCACUGGCUCCGAUCGCCUACGCCGCGUCGCCUCUAGCAGCUUACAGCACUCACGCCAUUGCACCUGCAGCUGCAUACGCAGGAUAUGCUGCCUAUUCCGCACCAGAUCCAGUGUCUCAAGCGGUUUAUGUCACGACGUGCGUUAAGAAAACGCAAAAGAGAGAAGAGAGGUGGAGGCCGAGGGAUCGCUUGCUCCUAUAUAAGAGGAGAUACGUCGUAUUUUGGAAUAUUAUCGUACUGACUGCAAGCCAGACAUAUACGAGCUCCAAGAUGUUCAAACUGUUGUGCUUGUUCGCCUUUUUGGCAUUCGCCGCUGCUGCACCCGCACCCGCGCCCGCACCAGCACCUGGCGCGAUCAUCGGCGCUCCGCUUGUGACAUCCUACAGUGCUCCGAUCGUUUCCGCACCGUUAGCUUACAGCGCAUACAGCCUACCGACUUAUAGCGCGUACUCGGCAUACCCGGCCUUACCGUACGCGUAUAAGAAUUAUGCGACUGGCCUAAUCGUCUAAACACCGGAGGACCGCGCCAGGCAUUCAGGAGGCAUUAAGGACCAAUUUCCAUUGACACACUUCAUAAAUCGAUCAAUGACGCCUACGAAAUCUUUUCCAAAAAUCAACCACGGAUUAUUCUCCGCGGUUUAUUCUCUUCAUCCCUUUCUCGUUCGUUUGAAUAACUCCGCAUUUACAUUCCAUUAGAUUCAGAAUCAAUAAAGCCGCUUAAAAGCAA